CCGCUGUCUGCGCGACUGUUGGUGAACAAGGAACUGCUGUUUGCGCUGCGCUGCAUCCAUUGACAUAUGUAAAAGGCUCCAUCUCUGCAGACACAAGAGGGAAAGACGUAACGUUACUCUGAAACGCCGAAGACAUCAUUAUUUUGGACUGACUGGUGUUCGUGUUGUCACUAACGAUGUUAAGCUUGCGGGCGCUGUCCGCAGUUUCGGUGGGGCUAGUGCAGUUGUCCCGGCGCUACCACACUGGGGCAGUGCGAGGGUCUGGCCGCAGGAGGCUGAUGCUGGCAGCCCUGGCUGGGGUAACUGGUGUCUCUGCUAGUGCUGGGCUGCUCUGGAAAAGAGCGUAUGCAGAGGCAGGGCCUUCCGUCCGACACUCUGAGCAGCCAGGCGGAGAGGGGGGGGAUUUCGUGAAGGAGGCUGAUUCUGAGGCCGAGUCAGAGAAAUCGGUGGAGGCCAGCAGUGGAGACGAAGAAGCAAAUGAAGGUGGUGAGGAAAAAAAAAAGAAGCCACGCUCUGGAUUUCGUGACCGCAAGGUGAUGGAGUAUGAGAACAGGAUAAGAGCCUACUCAACUCCAGACAAGAUUUUUCGCUACUUUGCCACGCUGAAGGUCAUCGGCGAGCAUGGAGAUGCUGAGGUUUACAUGACGCCCCAGGACUUCAUACGCUCCAUCACACCUAAUGAGAAGCAACCUGAGAACCUAGGCCUGGAUCAGUUUGUUGUGAAGCGAUAUGAUGGAAAGGACUUCUGGCAGAUGGAGAAGAUCGCCCAGGAGAGGGAGAAGUUUGCAGAUGAGGACAGCAUAUUUUUCACAUUGGGAGAAUGUGGCCUUAUCUCCUUCUCUGACUACAUCUUCCUCACCACGGUGCUGUCCACUCCCCAGAGGAACUUUGAGAUUGCUUUCAAGAUGUUUGAUCUGAAUGGUGAUGGAGAGGUGGAUCUGGAGGAGUUUGAACAGGUCCAGAGUAUCAUUCGUUCCCAGACCAGUAUGGGCAUGCGACACCGCGACCGCUCCACCACAGGAAACACCCUGAAGACGGCCGGCUGCAGCUCUGCUCUCACCACAUACUUCUUUGGAGAAGACCUGAAGGGAAAACUUACCAUCGGCAGCUUUCUGGAGUUUCAGAGGAAGCUGCAGCAUGAUGUGCUCAAACUAGAGUUCGAGAGGAAUGAUCCUGUGAACGGCAGAAUCAGCGAGAGACAGUUUGGGGGUAUGCUGCUGGCCUAUAGUGGCGUCCAGUCUCGUAAACUCAAGCAGAUGCAGAAGGGCUUGAAGAAGAUGUUUAAGGAUGCACAGGGCAUCACAUUUGAGGAGGUGGAAAAUUUCUUCACUUUCCUAAAGAAUGUGAACGACGUGGACACAGCCCUGAGUUUCUACCACAUGGCUGGAGCCUCCAUAGAUAAAGUUACCAUGAAGCAGGUGGCCCGCACCGUGGCCAAAGUGGAGCUGUCGGAUCACGUGUGUGACGUGGUGUUCGCUCUGUUCGACUGCGACGGGAACGGAGAGCUUAGUAAUAGGGAGUUCAUAGCCAUCAUGAAGCAGCGGCUCAUGCGCGGGCUGGAGAAACCCAAGGACAUGGGCUUCACUCGGCUGGUGCGGGCCAUGUGGAAGUGUGCCCAGGAUACCGCCUGGGACUUUGCCAUACCAAAAACACAAUAGAGACAGGAGGCAACGUGUGAGUGGGAGAGAGAGAGACAGCGUCUGGAUAAAGCAACAACACCAGUAGCAUCAAAGACACGUUACCUUCUACACGUCUCUGCUAUUUAACCCUUGUGUUGACUUCGGGUGAAAUUGACCCGUUUUCAAUUUUUGUUUUAUAUCAGAAAAUACGGGACGUAGAAAUUAGCGCUGAAAAUGUAUAGAAGAAAAAUUUAACAAUUUAAAACGUUGGAAAAAGCAGAAACAAAGGCAUCAAAACCCCCCAAAAAAGGCGUCAAAAACGUCGAACGUCGUUUUCAAGGUUGCUGGGAAGACGACACAAGGGUUUUACACAGACAAUAAGUGCAAUGAACUCCUUUGGACUGCAGCUCUGAGGAGCAUCAUCAAUUAUUAAUGCAUGUAGCUAUAGUUCAAACUAUCAAUAUAGUUACUGAAGCAUGCUGACACAGCGCACUGUGUCCUGUAAGGCUUCUCUACUGUGGUUGUCCAAGGCAUCAUGGGUAUUUCACAAUGUAUGUUAAUAUAUACAAGGUUUGUAUGUUUAUUUUUGCCAUGUUCUAUAGAGGAAUGCAGGGUCAGCAGACAAGGUGCAAUCCUUUGUCAAACGCUGAAAACUGCUUUUUUUUAUAUCUGCAUUUAAGAUGUUUUACUGCAAAAAGGCAAGACGAGAAGCGGAAUCAAUCUUAUUUGACCUUCCGCUGUAUAAAUGCCGUAUUAUGUCUGUUCUAUACGGACAACAGACCCUUAGUUACUUUUUUGGUGGGACAGAAAUCAGAAGUCUGUAAUCUUGUUUGCACCUCUUCAUUCAGUCUGCUCACUCCAGCUGCAUCUUUACCUCCUGUUAUUUUGUCCCAUAAAAGAUCAGUGAUGCUUGUCUUGCUCUACAAUGUACUGUUCAAAGUGUGUAUUCUUCUAAUUAUUAUUGCCCACUGAAACACUUUAUUAUAAGAUGGAUGUUAAAAGAAAUGCUCUAUUAAAGAUGUUUUUAAUAAUUUAAAA